GCAACGAAGACAGCCAGAGUAUCCGGUACUCUUCAGCGAGAUGUAAUAGCAACCGCAAGUUUUUGUGCAAAAUCUCAAUCAAAAUUCAAAACCAAUGUGAUAUGUGAGCGUACGAGGGGACCAUAUAGAGCUUACACGACAGUGACGUAACAGAGAAUCCAAAAAUCUAUAUCCAAUGCUCAAAGCUAGCUCCUGUUCAUGGAGAGAAAGGGAAUGACCAUUCAUCAUAUAAUGAUAUCAUCAUCGUCAUCAUUAUCAUAAGCAUGAUCGGUCAGUGUAUAGUACCCAAAGGGAAUCUAAAGCACCAAAGACAAGAACAAAUCGAAGGAGGAGAGAGUAACAGAUCCUCUCACGUGCAUAGCCACCAGCUGCAGAAUCCCACUACCAACCUUGCUGUCCCCAUGUCCAAUUAUUACGAGGUAGCGGAGCUAACAUGGGAGAAUGGUCAGCUAGCCAUGCAUGGGCUUGGUGGGCUUCUCCAUUCUGGGCAGGCGACAAAGGCCACACCCACAUGGGGUAGGACUAGUGAAACCCUAGAGUCAAUAGUCCAUCAAGCCACGUGCCACGAUUCACAACCAAGAAUAAACUCAAACCGGCAAGAGCCGGCAAAGAUAGCCUCUGCUGUGGAAUCAUCGGAUGGCAAAUGGGCAGAAACGUCCUCCAGGCGCCAGGCACAGAUGGCCCCCUUAUUGAUGAAGAAACGUGCAAGAUCAGAGUCAAACCAAUGUGGAAGCAGUAGGGAUAAUGAGCAAGCGGACCGCAGUGCAUGUGCAAGUGCUAGUCCCACAUUUUGUAGGGAAAGUGACACUACCAUGAUGACUCAUGCUUCUCUAGAGUCCACUCCAAGCUUCAAGGCCAAAACCACUGAUAAUGAGGAUUCUGCUUCUCAUGGUGGAUCGGAAAACCCAGAUGAAGAUCGAGAGACCAAAACUGAAACAGUCAGAUCUCAUUCUAAUAGAAGAAGUCGGGCUGCUGCUAUUCACAAUCAGUCAGAGCGGAGACGAAGAGAUAGGAUCAACCAAAAGAUGAAAGCUCUCCAGAAGCUGGUUCCUAAUGCAAGUAAGACAGAUAAAGCAUCAAUGCUGGAUGAGGUGAUAGAAUAUUUGAAACAACUACAAGCACAAGUGCAAGUAAUGAGUGUGAGAAGCAUGCCCCAGAUGAUGAUGCCUUUAGGGAUGCAGCAACAUUUUCAUCAAAUGUCUCUACUAGCACGUAUGGGCAUGGGGGUUACUCCUCUAGGUAUGGGAAUGGGGAUGCUUCAUGACAUGAAUUCAAUUGGACAUAGUGCUGCUGUACCCCAUUCUCUUCCUCCGCUCCUCCACCCUGCACCACCCCCCGCUACAGCCACCACUACGUUUGUUCCGCCUCCUCCUCCUCCUCAUCCCUUUGUAGUUCCCUCAAUGAUCCCUGCAGCGAAUCCUGACCCUGCCACCAAUAGUUCAGUUGCUUUGCCUGAUCCAUAUUGCAGUUUUUUAGCACAAUCAAUGAAUAUGGAGCUUUACAACAAGAUGGCAGCACUGUACCGACAACAAGUGAAUCAGCGGAUCACACAAGCAGCAUCACAGCCCAACCAUGUCCAAGGUGAUUAACAAUUUAUAGAACAUCAAGAAAGAAUGAGGAAGAAGGAGCAUAUGUAUAAGCCAAUUGAAUAUAAAUUAAUAUGAACAAUUAUAUAUGUGUGAUUAAUAUAAUUGAUGAACUUGUAUAA